AUUUCUCAGCUGUUCAAGCUCGGGUCGCAAAACUACGAGGACAUGAAGCAGUUCUCUUCCGCGAUCGACGAAGCUCUGUUCAGAUUGCCGGCACAUCGAGAUCGGGCGCUCAAUUAUAAGAUGGAGGACGUGCAAAUUACAGUGGUGGAUGAAGUGUACGUGGAACAGAACGCUCAGGGUCAAGUUGAGAAGCAAAUAGCGCGCGUUCGAUUGUUCUUCUUGGGCUUCCUUUCCGGGAUGCCCGACGUUGAAUUGGGGAUAAACGACAUGUGGCGCCAAGGGAAAGAAGUUGUAGGCAGGCACGAUAUAAUUCCAGUGGUGACCGAAGAAUGGAUCCGCCUGGAGAACGUCGAGUUCCACUCAUGCGUACAGCAGGACGAAUACGAGAAGUCCAGGAUUAUAAAGUUCAAGCCACCGGAUGCAUGCUAUAUUGAACUUAUGAGAUUCCGAGUAAGGCCUCCUAAAAACAGAGAGCUUCCCCUCCAACUUAAAGCCGUGAUGUGCGUUACCGGUAACAAGGUAGAGCUAAGGGCGGACAUUCUCGUGCCGGGGUUCGCGUCGCGGAAACUGGGCCAAGUGCCCUGCGAAGACGUGAUGGUCCGUUUCCCCAUACCUGAAUGCUGGAUCUACUUAUUCAGGGUGGAAAAACACUUCAGAUAUGGAUCCGUAAAGUCAGCUCACAGGAGGACGGGAAAGAUCAAGGGUAUCGAGAGAUUUCUCGGCGCUGUUGACAAUCUGGAACCACAGCUGAUGGAGGUGACGUCAGGUCAAGCGAAAUACGAGCAUCAACAUCGUGCUAUUGUCUGGAGAAUGCCUAGGCUACCGAAAGAAGGCCAAGGAGCAUACACGACGCACCAGUUGAUCUGUCGAAUGGCCCUAACAUCCUACGAUCAGAUCCCGGAAAAUCUAGCCGAGUACUGUUACGUGGAGUUCACAAUGCCAGCUACCCAGGUGUCGCAUACGACGGCAAGGAGUGUGAGUUUCCAGAACCACGACGGCGACAACCCACCGGAGAAAUACGUGAGGAAUCUGUCGCGACACGAGUACAGAGUUGGGAUCGAGCAUACGCAAGGAGAAGGUCCAGGUGCAUAUGUGUCGGCGACGUACUCGAGGAAAAUCCCUGAAACGACGCCGGAGACGCAAGGUGAGGCGUCAGACGCUGGCGCGGAGUCAGAUUCCGAUUCAUCCGAGUAA